GAUUCAACAAGAAGAAAUAAGGAUCAUGACUCUAAUUAGGACUAAAUAUGUUGAAAUGAUUCUUGCAUGUGUUACUAGGCUGUGUACGGUAUACUUUUGUACCAAUUCUACUUUUUUUUUUCUUCUUUCUGUUUUGUGUUUUAACCGAGCAACCGGUGUUUUUGCAAAAGACAGUUGAGGUGUCCCUGUUCUGAACCACUUUUGUUUGCUUACUCCAUCGUCUUCUUUUGUUAUUCUCAUACUUCUCUCAGUUAGCUCCACCUUCCUCUUUCUUUAUCACCCUAUUGCUAUAUUUUACCAAUUUUUACUGUUGAUAAUGAAAAGAUUAGCUUCAAAAGGUGAAGCCAGUGAUGGGGUUAAGCGAAGUAUAGAUUGGGAGCUCAGACCUGGUGGCAUGCUUGUACAGAAGAGACAACCCCUUGAGUCUUCUUCUAGUCCCAUGAUCAAAAUCAAGGUUUCUCAUGGUUCCUAUCACCAUGAUGUCACUGUUCCUGCACAAUCCACUUUUGGGCAUCUAAAAAGGGUGCUUACAUCCGAGACUGGUCUUGAGCCUAAGGAGCAAAGGUUACUAUUUAGAUGGAAAGAGAAGGAGGACGAGGAAUGCUUGCAUAUGGUGGGAGUGAAGGACAUGUCUAAGGUUAUAUUGUUAGAGGAUCCAGCCAGCAAAGAGAGGAAGCUUGAGGAGAUGCAGAAGAGAGAAGAUAUCUUAAAGGCAUGUGUAGCCAUCUCCAGUGUCAGAACAGAAGUAGACAAGCUAUAUCAAAAGGUGGUUGCUUUGGAGACAAGUGUGUGUGGUGGUACAAAGGUUGAAGACAAAGAAUUUGCUAUCUUAACGGAGUUGCUAAUGGUUCAGUUGCUUAAACUAGACUCCAUUUCUGCUGAGGGAGAAGCCAAAGUACAGAGAAGAGUUGAGGUUCGUCGUGUACAGAGUUAUGUGGACACAAUUGACAACCUGAAGGCAAGAAACUGUGCUGCAUUUAGCAAUUCCUCUAACAAUGCAGUACCUGUGAUUUGGGAGGCCUUUGAAUCAGGAGUUGGAAGCUUAAAGUCACCAACUUCAUUUCCAACUUCAACAGUGAUUACUCAAAAUUGGGAGCACUUUGAAUAAAUGGAAUUUCAGUAAACCUGAAUUUGUUUAUUUUUAGAAGAGGCUUGUGUGUCACUUUUGUAAUGCCAGGUUGUUUCCAGUAGGGAAGGGUUAUGCUUGUACAAAUUAUUACCUGUACGUACAUGUUACUUCUCUAUGUAUGUCAAAAUAAACACUUGAUUUUGCCUUAUGUGUU